CAGCCACGAACCAAAGGUACUGCUCAUCUGGGGAAAUUUUUCUUAAGGUUAAUCGUCAAAUGUGUAAUGAAAUUGCAAACGAGAAUAAUUUUGGGGAAGUGGCUAGAUUAGAAACGUGGGGAGCUAACGGAGUGUUGGGUAUAGUUAGAACUACAGACGCAGAGGUGUAAAUAGAUCGACGUGGGCAUUUUGUGGUCAUCUACGUGUGGCUGGUUGUAAGAAAAGUGUGCAUUUGUAUACGCUCAGGUUCGGUUUCCAUCCCACUGUCUCAGGGUAAAGCAGAGUGUCAGCCUGCACUGAGUGUAUCCAUCUCUGCCGAAACAUCUCUUUAAAUAUUCAGUGAAAAAUAAUGUCAUGUGAAGUACCACCUAUAGCAAGAUUAUUAUCUUCAUUCUUCAACAUCAUCCCCGCUGAUAGCUUCGUUUGUCUUUUUCUCAAAUUCUACUGUACCAAAUACUGCGGGGAGGGAGGGGGCUCGCCCUGUGCAGAAAUGAAAAGAAGCGUCAGUGACCACGUUGCAACACUGACUAAAUACAGGAGUGGCACCUGGGAGGCUUUGUCGCUGAUGUUUGAGCCAGCAUGUCGCGGAGAAAGCAGGCGAAGCCUCAGCAUUUCCAAUCCGACCCCGAUCUGGCCUUGUUAUCACAGCGAAAUGGAGACACAGAAAAGGGUCAAGCAAAUCGAACCACUAAGAACAAGGACGCCCAUGUCUGUGGCAGGUGCUGUGCUGAGUUCUUUGAAUUAUCAGAUCUCCUGCAACACAAGAAGAAUUGUACUAAAAAUCAAUUAGUUCUAAUUGUGAAUGAAAAUCCAGCUUCUCCUUCUGAAACCUUCCCUCCUAGUUCCCCUUCUGAUAAUCCUGAUGAACAGAUGAAUGACACAGUUAAUAACACAGAUCAAGUAGACUGCAGUGACCUUUCAGAGCAUAACAAACUUGACAGGGAAGAAUCCAUGGAUGUGGAGGCUUCCAGCAUUAACAAUAGCAGUAGCAGUUCCAAGAGUGUCAACAAUAGUAUUACAAGCAGUAACAGCUCCACAAUGGGUACCUCAGCUGUAACAACCUCUCUACCUCACAUAGGGGAUCUGACAACAUUAGGCAACUUUUCAGUGAUAAAUAGUAAUGUAAUAAUUGAAAACCUUCAGAGUACUAAAGUGGCAGUAGCACAGUUCUCACAGGAAGCAAGAUGUAACGGUGCAUCGAACAGUAAGCUUGCUGUACCUGCCCUGAUGGAGCAACUGUUGGCAUUACAGCAGCAGCAGAUCCAUCAGUUGCAACUGAUUGAACAAAUUCGUCACCAAAUAUUAUUGUUGGCUUCCCAAAAUGCAGACAUGCCAACAUCUUCUAGUCCUUCUCAAGGUACUUUAAGAACAUCUGCCAACCCCUUGUCCACAUUAAGUUCCCAUUUAUCCCAGCAGCUGGCUGCAGCAGCUGGAUUAGCACAAAGCCUUGCUAGUCAAUCUGCCAGCAUCAGUGGUGUGAAACAGCUACCCCCUAUACAGCUACCUCAGAGCAACCCUGGCAACACUCUAAUUCCAUCCAGUAGUGGCUCUUCUCCAAAUAUUAACAUACUGGCAGCAGCAGUUACAACACCAUCCUCAGAAAAAGUGGCUUCAAGUAUUGGUGGCUCACAGCUCAGCAACCCACCAGUAUCAGCAUCAUCUUCACCAGCUUUUGCAAUAAGCAGUUUAUUAAGUCCUGCAUCUAAUCCACUUCUACCUCAGCCCACCCCUAGUAACUCUGUUUUCUCCAGCCCCUUGCCCAAUAUUGGAACACCUGCAGAGGAUUUAAACUCCUUGACUGCCUUGGCACAGCAAAGAAAAAGCAAGCCACCAAAUGUAACUGCUUUUGAAGCUAAAAGUAAUUCAGACGAGGCAUUCUUUAAGCAUAAAUGCAGGUUCUGUGCUAAAGUGUUUGGGAGUGACAGUGCCUUGCAGAUUCAUUUGCGUUCUCACACUGGCGAGAGGCCAUUUAAAUGCAACAUAUGUGGAAACAGGUUCUCCACAAAGGGAAACUUAAAGGUCCAUUUUCAGCGUCACAAAGAAAAAUACCCUCAUAUUCAAAUGAAUCCAUACCCGGUGCCAGAGCAUUUGGACAAUAUUCCUACGAGCACGGGUAUUCCUUACGGGAUGUCUAUACCACCAGAGAAACCUGUCACAAGCUGGCUGGACAGCAAGCCAGUCCUUUCCACCCUGACAACUUCUGUUGGCCUGCCACUCCCACCAACGAUUCCAAGCUUGACCCCAUUCAUCAAAACAGAGGAGCCUCAGCCGAUUCCCAUUAGCCAUCCUUCUGCUAGCCCUCCCAACUCUGUCAAGAGUGACUCGGGAACAGCUGAUCCCACAUCAAAAAUUACCAAUGGACUUUCUGAUGAGGUAGAGGCUGGUGGUUUGCCUACCUCAAAUGGUAAAAUGGAAGAAAACCCUCAAAACACAAGCGCCAUCACUAACAUGAGCAGCUCUGUGAGCUCACCAGCAGCAGACUCGGGCUCUGGCAGUGUGGCCACUUUUACAAAUCCACUGAUGCCUCUAAUGUCAGAGCAAUUUAAGGCAAAGUUUCCAUUUGGAGGACUACUGGAUUCAACAUCAGCAUCUGAAACAUCAAAGUUGCAGCAACUGGUAGAAAACAUUGACAAAAAGGCAACUGAUCCUAAUGAGUGCAUCAUUUGCCACCGAGUCCUCAGUUGCCAGAGUGCACUGAAAAUGCAUUACCGCACACAUACUGGUGAGAGGCCGUUUAAAUGUAAGAUUUGUGGUCGUGCUUUUACUACUAAAGGCAAUUUAAAGACUCAUUACAGUGUCCACCGUGCCAUGCCCCCUCUGAGGGUACAACAUUCGUGUCCGAUCUGCCAGAAAAAAUUCACCAACGCUGUUGUGCUGCAGCAGCACAUCCGAAUGCACAUGGGAGGGCAGAUCCCCAACACUCCAGUGACAGAAAACUAUCCUGAGUCAAUGGAAUCAGAUACAGGAUCUUUUGAUGAUAAGAAUUUUGAUGAUAUAGACAACUUCUCAGAUGAGAACAUGGAAGACUGUCCUGACAGCAGCGUGCCAGAUACACCUAAAUCUGCAGAUGCAUCGCAAGACAGCUUGUCUUCUUCCCCUCUGCCUCUGGAAAUGUCAAGUAUUGCUGCUCUGGAAAAUCAGAUGAAGAUGAUCAAUGCGGGACUGGCUGAACAACUUCAAGCCAGCUUAAAGUCAGUUGAAAAUGGGUCAGUGGAAGGGGACGUUUUGACUAACGAUUCGUCAUCUGUUGGCGGUGAUAUGGAAAGCCAAAGUGCUGGAAGCCCUGCUGUCUCAGAGUCUACCUCUUCCAUGCAGGCCUUGUCCCCAUCCAACAGCACUACCGAUUACCACAAGUCACCAAGUAAUGAGGAGAAGCCAGUGAGAGCUUUACCAAGUGAAUUUGCCAAUGGUCUGUCUCCAACCCCAGCUAACAGUGGUGCUUUGGACUUGACAUCUAGUAACACUGAUAAAAUGAUUAAAGAAGAGUCUCUGAGUAUGCUCUUUCCUUUUAGAGAUCGAGGUAAAUUUAAAAACACCGCAUGUGACAUUUGUGGCAAAACGUUUGCAUGUCAGAGUGCCUUGGACAUUCAUUACAGAAGUCAUACCAAAGAGAGACCAUUUAUUUGCACAGUUUGCAAUCGUGGCUUUUCCACAAAGGGUAAUUUGAAGCAGCAUAUGUUGACACAUCAAAUGCGAGAUCUACCAUCACAGCUCUUUGAGCCUAAUUCCAGUAUAGGCCCUAAUCAGAACUCUUCGGUUAUGCCUGCUAAUUCACUGUCAUCGCUCAUAAAGACUGAGGUUAAUGGCUUUGUGCACAGCUCUCCUCAGGAUAGCAAAGAAUCACCCUCUGGUCUAGUUGCUUCGGGGCCGCUGUCCUCCUCUGCCACGUCCCCUGUCCUGCUCCCUGCUCUCCCCAGAAGAACCCCCAAACAGCACUACUGCAACACGUGUGGGAAAACAUUUUCUUCCUCCAGUGCUCUGCAGAUCCAUGAAAGGACACACACUGGUGAGAAACCUUUUGCCUGCACUAUAUGUGGAAGAGCAUUCACAACAAAAGGCAAUCUGAAGGUUCACAUGGGCACCCACAUGUGGAACAGUACUCCUGCAAGACGAGGCAGACGACUUUCUGUAGAUGGUCCCAUGACAUUUCUAGGAGGCAAUCCUGUAAAGUUCCCAGAAAUGUUUCAGAAGGAUUUGGCUGCACGGUCAGGGAAUGGAGACCCCUCCAGCUUCUGGAACCAGUACGCAGCAGCACUCUCCAAUGGCUUGGCCAUGAAGACCAACGAGAUCUCUGUCAUCCAGAAUGGUGGCAUCCCUCUGGCACCAGGGGGCCUGGGAAACGGUGGCAGCUCUCCCAUCAGUGGCUUGACAGGAAGCCUGGAGAAGCUCCAGAAUUCAGAACCCAAUGCACCUCUAGCUGGUCUGGAGAAAAUGGCAAGCAAUGAAAAUGGGACAAACUUCCGUUUUACGCGCUUCGUGGAAGACAACAAAGAAAUUGCAACAAAUUAGGAAAAAACUCCGUAAAUAACAUUCCUGCAAACAGUGCAACCUAGGGUUGUUUUUUCCAAGCUGCAGGCUACAACAUUACAAACACUUUCUUUUGUACCAUGUUUUACUUCUAGAGUUCUAAGAGAGCUUAUUUAUUAGUGAUAUAACCUUGCUUUGCAAACAAAUGCAAGCAUUAACUUUGGUCUCCUGUAUUUUGAACUAAAUACUAAUCGACUAGAGUGCUGUAAACUUGCUGUAACAUUUAUGGCAGUUGCAAGUCUGUUCUGCUAGGUGAUCUUAUUCUGGCAUUAACUUAUUUUCUAUAUCCAGUUUAACAUGAACUCUGGUACUGAUGAGAUGCCUCAGUGAUGCAUUAGGUCUCUAAUAAAAAUCUGUGUAUAAAUGUACACUUUGAUCCUGCUGGAAAUUUUGUCAGCAAACGCAUUGUUUAAUUUUUCCAAACAGAAUUAAGACAAGGACUGAGGGAAUAUAGACUGAACAGUGUGGGUCCUUUACACAGCUCAGUUU